UUUCCCUCUCACCCUUCCGCACCAGACACCACACCACCCUUCAAACAACAACAAGCACGCGGAGGAGAAAAACAGAGAGAACAGCGCAGCAAGAAGCUCCUCUGCUACGCCGUGAAAGUGAAACAGCAACACAACCAUGAGGCCCGGAGCCGAGUUCUUCGCCGUGAGCCACCUGGCGGGGGCGCCGACGGUGGCGCCGGCGCACGGGCUGAUCAACGGGACGGUGGCGCCACACUCGCCGUGGCAGUCGCCGGUGCCGUACCUCUUCGGCGGGCUGGCGGCCAUGCUGGGGCUCAUCGCCUUCGCGCUGCUCAUCCUCGCCUGCUCCUACUGGAAGCUCUCCGGGUACCUCGACGGCGACCGGGACGGCCAGGCGACGGGGGACGCCGACGGGGAGAAGGCCUCGGCGUCGGGCGCGGCCAGGCCGGCCAUGGAUUUCCUGGAGCACGUGGUGGUCAUCAUGGCCGGCGACGAGCGGCCCACGUUCCUCGCCAAGCCGGCCGCCAGCCGGGCUGCCGAGGUGGAGCUCGCAACCGCGGCCGCGGCAGCGAGCGCGCUCGCGGGCGGCGAGGGGCAAGAGAAGAAGGCGGACGAGCAGGGCAGCGAGGCGAGCUCGCAUCUCGGCGCUGACUCGGCGAGCCCGAGCCGUGAUCACCACGACGCGACGAGCCGGAGCCACGUCCAUGACCCAGACGCGGCGGGCCAGAGCCUCGACCACCACCACCAUGACCAAGACGCGGCGAGCCAGAGCAGCAGCACGACGGCCCUGCAAGAAAGCUGGCAAUAAAAGCAGCCGCCUUUUGUUCGCUACAGCUUUCCCUUUUUUGGGGCUGCUUUUCUUCCUCCUCCUUCUUCCUCCCCUAGAUUUAGGCUGGGCUGUGUAGAUUCUUGGCGUGAUUGGUUGAGCGAAAAUUAAUGGAGAUAUCUAUGCGAGACUUGGAAGUUUUGCCAA